AUGAUAGAGUUGGAUUUAGUACAUCAUGGUAUUCUUCUCAUUAUUUCUAUCAUAUUUUUUGUUAUUCAAUGUGGUAAAAAGAAAAGAAAAGUGACGGAUUUGGAAGAUUCGGAUAAGUUUGAUGAUAGCUGUUCAAGUAAACAGGAGAUAUCAAUUCGUCCAAGAGCAACAUCACAAGGACCAAAAACACCAGCUGAUCAAAAUGCACAAGCUGCGACGCAGGAUCCAAAUUAUCAAACAUUGGCUGGGAUUGAUGGAACUUGUUUUGCAAAUAAAUCUGCAGCAGGAGCUCCGAAACAACCAGCUGCUGGAGGAGGAAUGGCUGCAACUCAAGAUCCUAAUUAUCAAACACUCGCUGGACUUGGUAAUGAUGUUUUCAAUAAAGGACCUGCUGCUGGAGGAGCUGCAGUUCCAGCACAACCUGCAGCUGGUGUUAAACCUGGAAUGGCAGCAACUCAAGAUCCGAAUUAUCAGACUCUGGCUGGACUCGGGAAUGAUGUAUUCAAUAAAGGACCUGCAGCUCCAGCAAAACCAGUUGGUGGAAAACCAGGAAUGGCUGCUACACAGGAUCCAAAUUAUCAAACUUUAGCAGGAUUGGGAAAUGAUGUAUUCAAAAAAUAG